GGCUUUUCACCGGGUGUGGCUCGUCUGAGCUCUUGAACUGAGGCCAGCGGACACCACCCACCGGCGCCUGCUUUCCUGCGGCGUGGGCUCCUCCCCCGUGCAGACCGCGAAGGGAGACGGUGCGGGUGGCCGGGAGCGCAGCCACCCGGGGAGGCGGGCCAUGGCCUCGGGGCCGCCCGGGGAGCGGCUGCGCGAGGAGGCGCGGUGCCCGGUGUGCCUGGAUUUCCUGCAGGAGCCGGUCAGCGUGGACUGCGGCCACAGCUUCUGCCUCAGGUGCAUCUCCGAGUUCUGCGAGAAGUCGAACGUCGCGCAGGGCGGCGUCUACGCCUGCCCGCAGUGCCGGGGCCCCUUCCGGCCCGCGGGCUUCCGCCCCAACCGGCAGCUGGCGGGCCUGGUGGACAGCGUGCGGCGGCUGGGGCUGGGCGCGGGGCCCGGGGCGCGGCGGUGCGCGCGGCACGGCGAGGAGCUGAACCGCUUCUGCGAGGAGGACCAGGCGGCGCUGUGCUGGGUGUGCGACGCCGGCCCGGAGCACAGGACGCACCGCACGGCGCCGCUGCAGGAGGCCGCCGGCCGCUACCAGGUAAAGCUCCAGAUGGCUCUGGAACUUGUGAGGAAAGAGUUGGAGGACGCCUUGGCUCAGGAGGCCAAUGUGGGGAAAAAGACUGUCAUUUGGAAGGAGAAAGUGGAAAUGCAGAGGCAGCGCUUCAGGUUGGAGUUUGAGAAGCAUCGUGGCUUUCUGGCCCAGGAGGAGCAACUGCAGCUAAGGCGGCUGGAGGCGGAGGAGCGAGCGACGCUGCAGAGACUGCGGGAGAGCAAGAGCCGGCUGGUCCAGCAGAGCAAGGCCCUGAAGGAGCUGGCAGAUGAGCUGCAGGAGAGGUGCCAGCGCCAGGCCCUGGGUCUGCUGGAGGGUGUGAGAGGAGUCCUGAGCAGAAGUAAGGCCGUCACAAGGCUGGAAGCAGAGAACAUCCCCAUGGAACUGAAGACAGCAUGCUGCAUCCCUGGGAGGAGGGAACUGUUGAGGAAGUUCCAAGUGGAUGUAAAGCUGGAUCCCGCCACGGCGCACCCGAGUCUGCUCUUGACCGCCGACCUGCGCAGUGUGCAGGAUGGAGAACUAUGGAGGGAUGUCCCCAACAACCCUGAGCGAUUUGACACGUGGCCCUGCAUCCUGGGUUUGCAGAGCUUCUCAUGUGGGAGGCAUUACUGGGAGGUUCAGGUGGAAGAAAGAGCAGAGUGGGGUUUAGGGGUCUGUCAAGACACACUGCCGAGAAAGGGGGAAACCACACCGUCUCCUGAGAACGGGGUCUGGGCCCUGUGGCUGCUGAAGGGGAAUGAGUACAUGGUCCUUGCCUCCUCAUCGGUGCCUCUUCUCCUGCUGGAAAGUCCUCGCUGCAUUGGGAUAUUCUUGGACUAUGAAGCCGGUGAAGUCUCGUUCUACAACGUCACCAAUGGGUCUUAUAUCUACACAUUCAACCAACUCUUCUCUGGUCUUCUUCGGCCUUACUUUUUCAUCUGCGAUGCAACUCCUCUUAUCCUGCCACCCAUGACAGUAGCAGAGUCGGGAAAUUGGGCAUCCAGGGAUCAUUUAGAUCCUGCUUCUGAUGUAAGAGAUGAUCAUCUCUAAAAUUCUGUUCCCAAGAUGCAGUCCCAGCCUAGCAAACGUUCCUGGAGUGGGGUGAAGGAUAUCAAUAUACUAAGUUUUAACAGAUACCCCCAUUUAGGUCAGCACUUGAUUCCUUGUUGCUGUGAAAUAUUUCCAUGGGACAAAAGAGGGAAUACGCAAUAUUUGCAUAUGGGAAGAUUAUAGAGCAUAAUAAUUUUAUAAAUGCAGCAAUCUCAACCUCUAUUUCUAGAUCACAUUUUCUUGAUGAGUCUUCCUUCAAAUUAAUGACCUUGGAUUACAUAAGGAUUUCUAUACCUUCAUUAUAAUUUGUUAUUCCUUUCAACAUCCUUGUAUUCCAAGUCUUCCAUAUAAGAAUUAGACAUGGCAAUUCUUAAACUGAUUCAGAAUGGUCUGAUACUAUUCCAGUAUCACAUCCAUACUUCUGUUUCUCCUCCUUUUCCUGAUUUUUCUUCUCAUUCUCUCCUUCCCCCCUCUAUCUCUCGUUCCCUGUCACUCUCUCUCUCUGUCUCUCUCUUGUUCUUUAUUUUUUGUUUCUUACCUCUUACUGUUUAACCUGUUGCUUCCUUCUAGAUUAAUACAUUUAGAGCCAUUCCUUUAUACAGUCACAUUUCCUGUGACUUUACUCAGUUACUUUUAAAGUCCUUUUUAUUCUGGGACUCAUUUUUAAGAAUUACAAAGCUCAUUCCUCUGAAUCUGAUAUUACUGACUGCUAGACUUUUUCCUUUUCUUUGGAUACCCUUUAGGAAUUUAUCAGAAUUUUCAUUCAACUCGUUCUUUAACGUAGAUAUUUAUUAGUUUUAAGACCUUAAGGCUGGGCGCAGUGACUCAUGCCUGUAAUCCCAGCACUUUGGGAGGCUGAGGUGGGUGGAUCACAAGCUCAGGAGUUCGAGACCAGCCUGGCCAAUAGGUAAAACUCUGUCUCUACU